CAUCGCCUUGAUGCUCCACAAAGGACACCAAAAACAACAGAAAGGCCUUUGGAUCGGAGGUCUGGUGUCACUGGAGCGCCUCUCCGUGGGAAAACAGCCCGAGACGUGCAUCAUGCUGGACGGCAUAAAAAUUGAAGAUCAUCCCUUGCGAUCGGGACAAGCCACGCUCGGAGUCAUGCUCGGGACUGACUGUCAUCAUCCAUCCGUGUGUGAAGGAUGCCAGCGUCCCAUCUCCGACCGCUUCUUGAUGAGAGUCAACGAUUCCUCAUGGCACGAGGAGUGUUUGCAGUGCACCGUGUGUCAACAGCCCCUCACCACCAGCUGUUACUUCAGAGAAAGGAAACUUUACUGCAAACACGACUACCAACAGUUGUUUGCGACCAAGUGCAGCGGCUGCCUGGAGAAGAUCGCCCCCACGGAGUUUGUGAUGCGCGCCCUGGAGUGCGUCUACCACCUGAACUGCUUCUGCUGCUGCGUGUGCGACCGCCAGCUGAGGAAGGGCGACGAGUUUGUCCUGAAGGAGGGUCAGCUGCUGUGCAAGAUCGACUACGAGAGGGAGAAGGACUUACUCAGCUCGGUUAGCCCCGAUGACUCAGACUCAGAGAAAAGUGACGACGAGGAGCUGGACAUCAAGCCGGAGAAAGGCAUCGGAAGCCAGGGGAAGGACGACGGGAAGGAUCCCAGGAGGCCCAAAAGACCACGCACCAUCCUGACCACUCAACAGAGACGGGCCUUCAAGGCGUCCUUCGAGGUGUCCUCAAAACCCUGCAGAAAGGUGAGGGAGACGCUGGCGGCGGAGACAGGACUCAGUGUGCGGGUGGUGCAGGUGUGGUUUCAGAACCAGAGAGCUAAGAUGAAGAAGUUGGCAAGAAGACAGCAGCAACAACAAGAACAACAGAAUUCUCAGAGACUUGGCCAAGAGGUAAUGUCCAAUCGAAUGGAGGGGAUGAUGAACUCCUUCACACCGCUGGCUCCUCCGCAGCAGCAGCUGGUCGCCAUGGAUCAGAACGGUUACAGCACAGACCCGUUCCAACAGGGGCUCACCCCCCCACAGAUGCCCGGGGACCACAUGAACCCAUAUGGUAAUGAUUCUGCAUUCCAUGACAUAGACAGCGACACGUCUUUAACCAGCCUCAGCGACUGCUUCAUGGCGUCGUCGGACGUCAACUCCAUGCAGGCCCGCGUGGGGAACCCCAUCGACCGCCUCUACUCCAUGCAGAACUCUUACUUUGCGUCAUGAAAGAGGAAGAGUGAAACACAUCAGCACAGAAUAAACUGCCCAUCUCAACGUGAAGCGCGACGACCAGGAGCUUCUACACCAACACGGACACGACAGAAGACACCUCGCAGUAGCUUCCUGGUUAUGUGCUGAAGCUUACUCAAAGAUAGUGAAACCACUUGUUGUAGGACGGUGACGAUUCCUGGGGGAAAAACAGACUUAAAUAUUGUUAGAGAUUAUUCAGUAGGAUUUGCUUAUCUGUCACAGGAGGCGUUACUCUUUUCUUUGCUCACUUAAAGAAACACAAGUAGAAGCCACUGAUUCCACUCUCAAACCAAAUGACACAGUGAAUUUAUACAGUGCAUGAUCAAUUGUGAACUCAAACUUUUUGUAAGCCCCCCCCCCUGGUUAAGAUGUGGUAUUUGGACUGUUUCUUCUUUACACUACAUGGAUUUCCAUGUUCACCGUUAGCAUUUUGAUCACUUUCAAUAGGUUUUAGAUAUUGUGUUAAUAGUAAAUAGGUGCAGCAUGUCUGCAAGAGUGACUGUACAUUUGUGUAUGUCUGAGAGUUUGUGGCGAGAAAGAAUUGUUUAGAGGAGAAAAAAAAAAAGGCGGAGGAUUUGUUGGACAAGUAGGAUCAGUGAAGUGUAAAUACUUUCCCCGGGCAAAUUGGAUGUGCAUGUUACAAAAUGGAAAGCAUUCUAUUUAUUUAACUAUAACAGGCUCUUGAAGGUGCAUAUUAAAACUGAAAAGCUUUAUUUAAAAAGGAGAGCAUUUUUUCUUUGUUGAGCAAUUAGUGAGUUGAUGAGUGUCACGACUCAUCUGUAUGCCUUUUUAAUAUGAAGAUUAACCCUUUUGUUUCGUUUCUUCUUCAGCCAAGCUGUAAAUGAGCAAUGUUGCUAUUUAUUUCGUACAGACCAUAAACCUUUUGUUGUCACUGUCAUAUGUGCAUUCUCAAAAUGUUAAAGUUGCUAAUUGACCAAAGUUGACUGGUUUGAUGAAUAAACAAUGUCUUUCUCCUG